UCGCCAGCCCGAUGUCGUUCAGCGCCACCAUCCUGUUCACGCCCCCUGCCCCCGGGGGUGAGGAGCAGGGCCCCCCAGCCCCUGUGGCGGUGGCAGGGGGAGGACUGGCAGUGAGAGACACCAACCAGCUCCUGCACCUCAUCUACCAGCGGCUGCAGAGAGCGGCAGAAACAGCCGAGGAGGCGCUGACCGUGGCACGGUCCAACCAGCGGGCACUGCAGAGGCUGGAGCUGGACGUCAGAAGCCUGGCCGAGGGUCUCAGGGCGAGCCAGGGAGGAAGCCCCUCCACCCAGCAGUCACCGCGCGACGGUGAGGCACCGCCAGCCGGGAGCGGGGUGUCCUGGGCACCGGAACCACAGGAAAACCAGCCGUUCAGACAGGCCAAGUGUCAGGUCUAUGUGGAGGGUCCGUCUGUGCAGAGCCUGGUCUGUGAUACCUGUACCGCUGCCUGUUCCCCUGUCCACCACCUCCCCAGCUCUCCGACAUGCAGACCAUCCUCUCUGUGUACAGACUCCCGGGCGGACUCGGACUUGCAGCCUGAGUUAUACCCAGAGGCGUCGCAGGGAUCGGAGGACUCUUCAGGCCCCAAUCUGAAAAUUAUGGAGGACAUUUUCCACUCAGGGUUUACAGCGGUCACUGCAACAGCUCCCAGCUACACAGUCCCUGCACGAUCCCGGCGGCUAAAGAGUUCACGCCGAAAACGAGAUGUGGUGUUGUCGAAAAUGGUGCACGGCGUCCAUAAUCACGUGUCGAACGAGAGGCGCUUCAACGGCUCUGAGAGUAUCCGGUCUUCCUGGAAUAUCGGAGUGAUCCGGUUCCUGGUGGAAAAACUCAAGGUCCAACUCGCUGUGAGCUCUCAUCAUUACACAGACAAGGAGCUGAAAGGUGCCUGUGUGGCCUAUUUCCUGACAAAGAGGCGGGAAUAUCGGAAUGCGAUGAAUCCCUACAAGAGCCUCAAGGAGCGGGAGGAAAAGAAACUACGGAGCAGGCGAUAUAGGCUGUUCGCAGCCCGCUCGGCGAUAGUGCGGCUAUUCGGCCAGGAGGACCAGCGCCUGUGGGAGACAGCGACCGAGGAGCUGAUGAGUGACGAGGAGGACAGCCCCCUGGAGCCUGGGGUCUGGGUGGCACGUUCCCCGAGGUUCCGCUCGGCCCGCCUCAGCGACCUCUGCCGACGACUGGACGCCAACUCCAAGCAUGGCCUCCGGCCCAACAGGGUGGCGGGACCCCCCUCGGACCGCCUCCCUUCCUCCGAACUCGGACAGUUCCCCCCGUCGCCCCCGGGGCAGCUCCUGGGAGACGUCCAGACCCACCCCUACGUGGAGGUGAAGGUGGAGAAGUUCGACUGAGUGGGGCUCACGCCGCCUCGCGUUGCCGAACAGCAGGGCGUGCUCUCCCGGAGGGUCCUGGAAACACACCUCACUU